GGGUUGGACCUGGCUGCACUGAUGAAACCCUCCUCUCUGCCAUAGCUAGUGCUCUGCACACGAGCACGAUGCCCAUCACCGGGCAGCUGUCUGCGGCCGUCGAGAAGAAUCCUGGAGUGUGGCUGAACACCUCACAGCCACUCUGCAAAGCGUUCAUGGUGACAGACGAAGAUAUUCGGAAGCAAGAGGAACUGGUGCAGCAGGUGCGAAAGAGGCUGGAGGAAGCCCUGAUGGCUGACAUGCUUGCCCACGUAGAAGAAAUAGCAAGAGAUGGGGAAGCUCCUUCAGAGAAAGAAGGAGGUGAGGAAGAGGAGGAGGAAGAGGAGGAAGAAGAGCAGGACCACGACCAGGAGAUGGAGAAUGUAUAG